UUUGUAGAGAAGUUCUUGGAUAUUUUUGCGGAAAGAAUUGUAGAAUAUGAAACUGUCGAUGAAGAGAAAGGGAAGAGGCGUCAAGUAGUAGAGGAUGAUUUGCCAUUUCUUCGAGCUGUAAAUCAAGUUGGGAAGCUGAAACAAUAUCUUGCUGAGUUUAUUGCAGAUCCAAAUAAUCGCACAUUGGUUAAUCACAUUGGCGCAAUUCAUCAACGAGCAAUGUCUUACUUGGAGGAUGAAUUUAGAGUUCUUCUUGAAGGCUACAGAAGCAACAAUGAGGCAUUAUUAGAACAGCAACAACAGGAAGAACAACAAGGAGCAGAUCGAAGCACACUUCCAGAUUCUGAUGAUCUAACAAAUGAUAAUGUUAAUGAACGCAUAGUACAAGAUGAUAAUUUUUUAGGGUAUGCUGACGAUGUUCUUGCAAAUUUGAACAGGAUUGCUAAUGAGAUGAUUACAGGAGGGUAUGAAUCAGAAUGUUGUCAAGUCUAUACAAUUACAAGGAGGCGUGCAUUUGAUGAAUGCUUAGACAGGAUGGGAUUUGAGAAGACAAGUAUUGAUGAAGUCCAAAAAAUGCAAUGGGAAGCAUUAGAAAAUGUUAUUCCAGCUUGGAUCAAGACGUUUAAGGACUGUGCCAAUAUUUACUUCAGUAAAGAACGCGAUCUAGCCGAAGCUGUUUUCUCUGACUGCCCUUCGAUAUCUUCUUGCCUUUUCAGUAAUCUCGUUCGAGGUGUUAUGAUUCAGCUUCUUAAUUUCACUGAGGGUAUUGCAAUGGUUAAACGUUCUACGGAGAAGUUGUUUAAGUUUCUUGACAUGUACGAAACUUUGCGCGACAGUAUUACUGCCAUGGAUGGUCUGCUCCCUGAAGAAUGUGAAAUUGAGCUUAAAACAGAAUUGAACAUGGCUAAAACUAGAAUUGGAGAGGCUACAAUUAGUAUUUUCUGUGAAUUGGAGAAUUCUAUUAAGUCAGAUACCGGGAAAACUCCGGUGCCUGGCGGUGCAGUUCAUCCCUUGACUCGUUACACAAUGAACUAUUUAAAAUAUGCAUGUGAGUAUAUGGCAACACUUGAGCAAGUGUUCAAGUUACAUUCGAAGAUUGAACGAGCUGAUUCAUCAAGCAGGUCAAAUUUUGAAGGGGAGACUACUCAAGGAUAUAAUCAUAAUCCUCCACCAGAAAACCGAUCUCCAUUUUCAGUUCAGAUGAUGGCAGUGAUGGAUUUAUUGGAGUCAAAUUUGGAAGCAAAGUCAAAGCUAUAUAGAGAAGUUGGAUUAGGCUCCAUUUUCAUGAUGAACAAUGGACGCUACAUAUUACAAGAGAUCAGAGGAUCAGCAGAGAUUCAUCAAGUGGUGGGCGACACGUGGUGCCGAAAGAAGUCCUCAGAUCUCAGGAAUUAUCAUAAGAGUUAUCAGAGAGAUACAUGGAGUAAGCUGUUGAGUUGUUUAGGGCAGGAGGGUUUGCAAGUGAAUGGGAAAGUAGUGAAGCCAGUGCUGAAAGAGAAGUUUAAGAACUUUAAUUUGAUGUUUGAUGAAAUACAUAGGACUCAAAGCACGUGGGUAGUGAGCGAUGAGCAACUUCAAUCUGAACUUAGGGUUUCUAUAACCGCCGUGGUGAUUCCAGCCUACCGGUCAUUCUUGGGGAGGUUUUCUCAGUAUUUGGACCCCGGAAGGCAAUCGGAGAAGUACAUAAAAUACCAGGCUGAGGAUAUAGAGACUUGUCUGGAUGAGCUUUUUGAUGGAAAUAAUGCUGCGGGAAGGAGGAGACAGUAAGAAUAUUACUAAUAAUAAUAAGUCAUGCAUGAACAGAGAUAUACCUACGGCGUUCUUUUUUUUUUUUUUUCUUUCUUUUUUGUUGGAAAUGAUAAUGCAAAUUCUAAUGUGCUUGUACUCAUUUUCAAUUUGGUGUAGAUUAAAGCAAUUAAAAAUGGAUUGAUAAUUUUUUUUUAUUAAUUUUUUUUUUAUCUAUUGAAGUGGCUAAAGAACUUCCAAAAUCAUUUGAAGUUGGCUGGACUUGGAGAUUAUUCAUCUUAUGUGUAAUUUGUUUCUUCUAUUGUAGUUUGUUUUGCGGACAACAUUUAUAUGAUUCUAAUUGUAACCUUUGCAAUAUCUUGGCCAGUUUCUUGACCAUUUCAAUAAAUUAUUUGCAGACUUAGCUUCUUUA